UUAGUCGCGCCGAACUGCGGCUUCGUUCGAAAUAGCCGGGAAGGGGAGGGACCUGGCAGGAGAAAAUACAAACAAGUUUCAUAAAAUAACUUUCCAACAAGACCUCGCUGUCAUCUUGGCUAAUUACGGCUCUGAUACGGCUUAUUAGGGCAUACCCACCUUUGCUACCUUGCUUCUCCACCCACCACCCUUUCAGAUCUUUGUCCUGGCUCCGCCUCUCGCCGGCGUUAUAAUGGGCUGGUCUGAAAGUGGUGGAGAGACACAGAACCACAGGGGAAGGGAGAGAUAAUGACAAUAACACUAAUAACCCUAAAAACCCGUCUGCUGCUCGCCUCGCAGAGAGGAGCCAGCCCGGCAUCCCGGCACUGACGGGGUUCGAAGCCGGAGAGAGCGGAGUAACCCCGACGGCCCUCGAGAGCUUCUCCCCGUGCCCGGGGAGCGCCGAACGGUAACAGCRGCAGCGCCCCCGAGGAGGACCGAGCCCGGGCGGACACGCAGAAGUGCCGGUUCUGGCAGCCGCCCGCCCGCCCUCUACUCGCACCAGCUCCACGGGGGCCGCCUCGCCCCUCUCCUUCGACCCCAUGGAGCAGCGAGAGUAAAGAGCGAGAAGGACAGAAAGCGGGGCCAAAGGAGAGAGAGCGCCCCAGCGGGGAGAAGGAGGUGAAGCCCGGAGGAAUCGCCCCGUCCCGCGGGCGGUAGGGCACCGCCGCCCGUCCUCGGCGCCCACCGGCCGGCAAGGGGCCGGCCCCUGCCGCCUGCGACCCCGGGCCGGCGGGCUGAGGCGGGCGCGGAGCCCCGCUGUCCUGCCCUGCCUGUCUCGCCUGCCGCCGCGGAGCUGUCCAAGCCGGCGAGGGGACAAAAAGCCCGUGGGUCGCCUCGCUGCCUCCCGCCUCCCUUGAGGCCGCACYGAGGGGCGGGGGUCGCGCCCGCCCAGCGGAGCCGCGGGGUGCGGGGGGGCCGGCGGCGCCGCCGCCAUGAAGCUGGAGGUGUUCUCGCAGCACUAUGAGGACAAGCUGAGCGCCGGCAGCGACCAGGAAGGCAGCGGCUCGCUCUCCCCGGCUCCGGCUGAGAGCGAACUGGGCUCGGACGGUGACUGCGCGGCCAACAGCCCGGGCGGCGGGGCCGGGCAGCCGGGGCAUCCCCCGCCACCGCCCCCCACGCCGCAGCCGCCGCCGCCGGCCGAGAGCGCCAAGGGGAAACCCUACACGCGGCGGCCGAAACCGCCCUACUCCUACAUCGCGCUGAUCGCUAUGGCCAUCCGSGACUCGGCCGGCGGCCGCCUGACCCUGGCCGAGAUCAACGACUACCUGAUGAGCCGCUUCCCCUUCUUCCGCGGCGCCUACACCGGCUGGCGCAACUCGGUGCGCCACAACCUGUCCCUCAACGACUGCUUCGUCAAGGUGCUGCGCGACCCGGCGCGGCCCUGGGGCAAGGACAACUACUGGAUGCUGAACCCCAGCAGCGAGUACACCUUCGCCGACGGCGUCUUCCGCCGCCGCCGCAAGCGCCUCAGCCGCGCCGCCCCGCCGCCGCAGCCCGCCCGCCCCGCCGCCGGCGCCCCGCCGCAAGCGCCGCAGGAGACGGCCGGAGCGGGCGCCGCGUCCCCCGGCGCUUCCCCGCGCUGCUGCUGCGCCUCCUCGCCCUGUCACUGCGCGCCGGGCGCCAAGGAGGCAGCGGYGGGGGGCGGCGGGGCGAGGCCGGCGGGCGGCGGCUCCGCUAAAUUCUCCAGCUCGUUCGCCAUCGAGAGCCUCCUGCAGCGGCCGGCAGGACCAGGACCCCGCGCCGCYCCGCAGCCGCCGCCGACACCGCACGCCCGCCUCCUGUGGCCGGCGCCGCCCGCGCCCCCGCACCUGCUGGCCGGCCCGUACCCGCUGCUCCCCUACCCACCUGCAGCGCAGCCCCCGCCCGCCGCUGCCCUCUACGGCGGCGGCCUGCUGCAGCUCUGCGCCUACGGGCUGGGAGAGCCGUCGCCGCUGCUGCUGGGGGGCGGGCGGCCCGCGCUGGUCCCGGGGGAGCCGUCGCCGCUGGCGGAGCGGCCGCGGGCGCCGCUGUUCCAUGCCGGCCUGCCCAAGGGCGGGCGAGGGCCGCCGCCCGGCUCCCCGCUCUACGGGCCCCUCCGGCUCGCCGGGCCGCUGCCGCCGGCGGCGGGGAGCUCGGCCUCGUUCCAGCCGUACGCCGUGGAGACCCCCCUGGCUUAAUGGAGCCCCCCUCCUCCCCUGCGAGGGACCUGCCCGGGGAGGCGUGGAGGGGGAAAGGAGGAGGCUCUGGAUCCCGCACUUUAACUCCAGAGGCGACCACAGCCUCCAAGCAAAAGCCUCGGUGACUGUGCCUUAGUGAAAUGACAGUGGGUUUAACUUAAACCAAAAAAAAAAAAAAAAAAAAAAAAAAAAGAAAAAAAAAGAGAAAAAAGAAAAAAAAUCAAACAACUGUCGAUUUGGACAUAGCCAUGAGCCUCAAGUGCUUCUUACUGUUCGUUGAGACUACUUGACUUCAGCCAGUCCCUCGCCACCUCCUUUUCUGUCCCCCACUCUUGUCCCCACAUCUCCUGCUACCGAAGCCUUGGGCGGCAGAGCGGGGGUGCCCCGCGAAGGGGCGCGGUGGCGGCCGCUGGGGGAUGCGCUGUGCGCUUGGGAGGGCGGGGAGGAGGGAGGG